AUGAAAUUUAAAUUUGCACUUUUUCUGCUAGUUGUGUUGUGCACGCAAACAAAUCAAUCGAAACUGCGAAAGGGGAAGCAAUUGUCGAAGAAACCAGCGGAAAAUAUCAAGGAUUUGUACAGUAAAAUCCAUCGCCGCGACGUACGAAAUGUAACAACAGUAGCCAUGCUCAUGGGCACCAUCUCAACAGGCCAAAAGCUCAAAGAAAAUUUGGAAAAAAUGAUGAGCGACGUAAAAACAAAUUUGGAUACAACUCCUUUGAGUGAAAACAAGCAAAAAAUUAAAAAAAUCGAGUACACCAUGAACCGAGAUCGCAAAGCAUUCGAAAUUUUGUACAAAGUAAUCAUGACGGGAAUCACGAAAAACGACACAAAUAUCACUGUAACUGCGGAAAAUACUUCAAUUAAGACCAAUAACGGCACAAAUUUAUAUGACGUGCAAGAUUCCUUCGAAUUGAGAGAAUAUUUAAGUGAUUUAGAGAAAAAUGUAAAAACACAUUUGGACCAAAUGAAGCAAAGCACGGAGAAAAUGAGCGAUUUUGUGAUGAAAUUCUUUGAAAAUGUCAUAAAACGGGAUGAAGAGAAGAAAAAAGAUGAGAAAAUCGAGGAUAAAACUUUAAAAAAGUCGAAUAAAGAUACGAAAAUUGAUCAAAAACCAUCGAUAUUGGCAACGAAUCAAAUUGACACGAGCACAUUUUUCAUGAAUCCAGCAAUGUAUCCUCUGAUGUACAAUCCGUACAAUAAUUGGCCUUUCAUUGCAGCUAAUCUUAAAUUAGCGGAAGACAACAAAAGACGUCAAGAUCUCAAAGGAAAUGAACUUUCAGAUGAAGAAAAUGACUCCAAAGAAUCAACUUCAAAGGAAAAAGAGUCCCAAGUCACAGUCGAGAGCCAAGAAGACGAAUCCGAAGAGUCCUCUGAAGAAUCUGCUCCCGGAGGUCUUGCCGGACUCAUUGCCAGUUUAAGCGGCGGCGAUAUGGGAAGCGAUGUUGGCGCUCUUUUAGGUGCAGUCUCUGGCGUUGUAACGAACAUUUUUGGCCCCGAUGGCCUAGAUAUCGAAUCGUUAAUUAGCACAGGAACAGGAUUGAUCGGCGGCUUGUUGGGAGGCGAAGAAAAUGUUGGAAAGGUCUUUUCGAAUUAUCUCGGAGCCGCAUUAGAAGGUUUUAGCGGAGGCGGCGGUGCGGAUAAUAAUGGACUGUUUAUCGGAAAUUUCUUGGGAGGAACGUUGGCGAAAUUGAGUGCGGAUCCGGAAGAUGAAGAAGCUCCUAUUAGACCGGAUAUUUUUUUCAGUAACUUUGCGAAAGGGUUGAAUGAGGGAUUGGGAAAGGCAGGAGAUGAUCGAGAUGGGUCCGAUAGUCAUCAUUCUCACGGAUCUGAUUCCUUCUCCUUCAUCGGCAAAGUAAUCUCAUCAGCAGUUGCUGGCGUCGUAAAUCUCGUUGUUCAAGCAAUUCUUGGAUCAAUUGGAGGCUCAAGUGAAGGUUCAGCUGGUUUAUCGGGCACUUCAUCGGACAUUUCGAAAGGAAGUUCGAGCUCUUCUAAUCAUCAUCAUCACGAUCCGGGAUGGAAACCGCCUGCUGAAGGAGCUAACAGUUAUUAUUAA